AUGGCGCGUGACACGCCGUGGAGAGGAGCAUCGCAUCACCUUCGUCUUUGGCCUCCACAUACGAGCGACGCAUACGAGGAGGCGAGGCGCGAGCGCAACCACUUCCGUCCUAGCUACCACCAACAGGACGAAAUGGCGCCCAAGUACACUCUCCACUACUGGCCGCAGAUCCCCGGUCGGGGCGAGUAUAUCCGCCUAGCCUUCGAGUACAGCGACGUUCCCUACGCAGAGAACAAUGAUGUGACCAAGCUGCAAGCCUUGCUCGACGAAUCAGCCCCCACCGGCUCGCCCCACCAUUUCGCCCUUCCCCUCCUCGAAAUCACAGAAGGCUCACAACGCCAGCUCAUCUCUCAGACGCCGGCCAUUCUCCUCUACCUCAGCCAGCAGAUCCCCCGGCUCUACAACUCCCAGACAGAAGCCAAGAGCGCAACCGCGACCGCGACCGCGACCGCGACGACGCACAUCCACACGCACCAGGUCCUCCUCACCGUACUCGAUCUGAGCAACGAGGUGCACGAUACGCAUCACCCCAUAGGCGCGGGGCUCUACUACGAAGAUCAAAAGCCCGAAGCGGCUCGUCGUGCUCGCGAUCUGCGGGAGGAACGUUUGCCCAAGUUCCUCACGUACUUUGACCAGCUGCUCACCAACUUGGAGGGGAGAGUGGCCAUCAAGGGUCAGACGACCGUUGCUGACCUGGCACUGUGGCAGGUGCUCGAGGGGCUCAACUUUGCUUUCCCCCAGUGGUGCAAGAGGGCAAGGGAGGCCGGGCAGUACGCGAAGGUGUGGGAGUUUCAGAGGAGCGUGGGGGAGGAGGACAGGAUCAAGGCGUAUGUGGAGAGUGGGAGGAGGAAGCCAUUCAGCGAUGGGCUCUUCCGACAUUACCCUGAGCUCGAUGCUGCUGAGGGCGAGGGCGAGGGCGAAGGCGAGACGAAGAAGCGCCGAGUCGAGUAG